CUACACCAAAACUCAAAAGGGUGAAAGGUGACGCAGUGGGUUAAAAGGUGAGGGACUCAGUGGGUCAAGCCGGACGCAGGUUUGACCGAGUGUGUCCCCGGCCAGCUUCGGACGGUCUACCUGGAUCGGGUACAAGUAUGAUUGCCGUGUGCGUGUCACGAUGACUGAGAUGAAAGAUCUGCACAAGUUACUGCUGCGGAGGUACCACCGCCAACUGGUCCGGGACAUGCAGACCACCAGGGUACUGGUGCAGAUGUUGGCGGUUUUUGACCAGAGCGAGGAGGCGGAGGUUCUAGCCGGCCAGACUCCGACAGACCGCGCCACCAGGUUCCUCAAGAUCCUGCCUCAGAAGGGACCGGAGGCGUUUGAAGCCUUCGUCAACGUCUUGGAGAAGAAACAACCCGAGCUCGCCCGUCCGUUAAGGGAAGAAGGGCUCAGGGAGUCCGCUUCAUCCAAGAAUGGCGAAAAGCCGACGUUUCUGUCUCCGCACCUGCGCAACAAGCUGUCGUCCCUGGCAGACUUCACCCCCUCACAGUGGUACAGACUGGUGGAGAAACUGCCUUUCGAGGGGGAGGAGAGGAAAAACCUGGAGACGCAGAACGGGUCGUACCCCGUGUUGCGGCUGAUCGUGGCGUGUCAGAAUGUCCCCAUCAGGCGGGUCGCGCGCGCCGCUAGGGAGGUGGACAGGGACGACGUGGCCGACACGCUCAGGGCACACCUGCCCAAGGGAACGACAGGUCCGAAGUUAGCGGAUACCCUGCCGAUUAAAGACCUGCCCCGAGACGUGCGGUUACGGCUUACUACGGAACUCAACAUCACCAGAUCCGCAGGUAAAGACUGGAAGUUGGUAGCGGAAAGAAUAGGCGUCCUGCCGCAAACCGCCCAGCUCUGGGAGCACAACAAGGCCCGGACCAACCCUGCGGAGAAGCUGCUGUCGGACUGGCACAAACGGCCGGACGCCACGGUCGGAAAACUCUAUCAGAUCCUGGUGGACUGUAAGAUGGAAGACAUUGCCGAUAUUUUGUAG